AUGACUGAAUUUAUACGCAAUCCACCUUUACUGGAAAGAGAGUUGAUAGGGGUAAAAAAUGCAGGUGUGGUGGUACGGAAUGAAAUUGUUGCUGAAUAUGAUCCGUAUUGUCCAGCAUGGUUGAGAUUUACAGAUUCAGAAUCAACUUUGGAAUCAGAGAGACAUAUCGCUCCUGAUAAACCCACAAAGUCAAAAUCACGUAAACAAAGGAAUCCGGAUGUUGAUUUACGCCCACAAAUAUCCUUACCUAUGUCAAAUCCAAAUUUCAACAAUGUUCAACGUCAGCCAUCGCGAAGAAAUCGGGGUCUUCUGAAACGUAAACCGGAAAAGUUAACAUUAGAACCUCCAAAGUUUCCACUUUCUGUACAUGAAAGAUACAGAAAUGACGGACAAAAAUCGGAAACGCCAAAGCCUAGCUUCAAGCCACCCCAGCUACCAAGUAAUAGCUACUCGAAAUAUAAGAAAGUUAGUUCUCCUAUGCGUGCAGAAUUCUUCAACCAUGAAUUGACAAACGAUGCCAAGUUUCAGUAUCAACAACAGAUUCUCGAGUUUCUCAACUAUAGCAUUGGCAAGUAUAAACAAUUGGAAAAGUAUUUGGAGGCCAGCAAGUUGGAAUGGAAUGCUACAUCUGAGAAGAGCUUGGUUUUGUUGAAUCUUAUGAGAAUCAAAGAUGGAUUCAAAGAUAUGAUACUAAGCAUAUUGAAGCAGUUAAGCAAACAAUCAGGUAUAAUUGACCAAAAAGAGGUCAGCGAGACCGAAUUGAUCAACUGUAAUGUUUUUCAAUUUGUGUACAAUUGUUCAAUAGAAGUGAUUAAUUUUGGUGAUUUGAUCAACAAUCUGGCAAUUUUCAAUAACUUGUUUAAAUUUAGUUUGCUAAGCUAUUAUUUCAAAUUGAAUUUUAUUCUUGACAAAGCAGUCCACCAUCGUGAUCAAUUGGCUAUUCCUAUGGAAGUAUGGUACAAGUUGCCCACAUUUAUCAAGUCCAUCAAAGAUCAAUUGGUAAAGCUUAAUAAUCAUAAUACCAAGAUGGGGAUAAACAAUGGAAUAAAGAGAAAUUAUCAAGGCUUGGAAAUAUGUCUAGUGAAGUUGAACUCAGUGACUUCAAAAUUCGCCGUUGUUGAUAAUUUGAAGAUAAAUUAUCCGGUUUUGAAAUGGACUGAUUUGAACAAAGUAGAUGAACUUUUGAAAGUUAAAGUCCCCGAUUAUUAUCCACAAAACCAUUUUAUGCAUGACCAUGGAGGUAGUUUCCAAUUGCAAUUUGUUGAUUUCAAUAGUAGACCAUUAAGUACAGCCGUUGAUACUAAUAUCGUUAACGGGCUUCAUUCAAAUUACAAACUAGAUGCUAAAGCAGUAAAAAGAGAAACUGCACCCAGAAGUAAGAUGCAUCCCAAUGAAACUCAACCAGGACGAACAUUGUCAAGAGGUGCCUCGAUCAAACGAUCUUUGUCAUCAAUGGUAAAACGAGGUGUUUCCACGUCAGACUCUACCGAAAAAAACAAACCGAGCAAGUUGAAUGCCCUUACUGAUUUCUUUGCAACGCUGAUAGACAACCAACCAAAGCAACAAAUAUCGCGAUCACAAACUACUAAAACUACGAAGCCUCGACUGCCAAAUCAACAACUUCAAGCAACGACUCCACCAAGAAGAAAUCAAUCUUUACGUGAGAACAAACAAGUUCUAGAUGUUACCAAUGAGGACAAACUGCCAAGUCGACAGAGAGUACCCACUCGCUCACCUAGUAAACAGGAUAUUCUACUAAUGCUUAAAAAUCGACCAUUGCCAUCUGAGCCAGAGACUACAACACAACACAAGAACAAGCAAGGAAAGCAAAUGCCAAACUCACAGGUGCAAAAUUACGUCAAUUGCCUUGUUCAGCUACGCAAGAAAUUAAGCGCACUAGGCCCCCAAUUGAUCGAGUUUCUUGAAAUUCAAUUAAAAUAUUGUCGAUUAUGGCAGAGGUUCCUCGAAGAUGAUACACCAUACACUGGUAACCACAAUGACCCAUUUAUCAAGUCAAUCUGUCAAUCAUUCCAUGAAAAGCUCCUCCAUCAAAUCAAUUUUACUCAACAUACAAUUGUUCGUCACAUAAAUUCCAAAUUGAUUAUGCCUAUUGACGAAUGCUUACAGUUGUAUAAAACAGUGACCGAUUUGCUGUACAUUCAUCAAUUUAUGGAAUUGAUUGUACGUCAGUAUAAUAAAUUGUACUGUGAAUGGCUUCAAAGCUUAAUUGGUGCCCAAUCGAUAGCUGAAUAUCAACAAUUGUGUGAACGUAUGAAGGGGUAUCCUGGAAUGAAUAAGGGAGAUGACAUUGUUGAGUAUUAUGAACAAUUGACCAAAUUGAAGAACCUAGUUGUUUGA